AUGGAUUCUGAUGCACUGCCAUGGGGAGACAAACUCAUACUGCGGGGAUUGUCAUUCCACGGUUAUCAUGGAGCAAAGCCCGAAGAAAGGAAGCUGGGUCAGAAGUUCUUGGUAGAUAUAGAUGCUUGGAUGGAUCUCAGAGCUGCUGGCAAAACUGAUCACUUAUCAGAUACAGUUAGUUACACAGCAAUCUAUGAUAUAGCAAAGGAAGUUAUUGAAGGAUCACCUCACAAUCUUCUGGAAUCAGUGGCCCAAAAAAUUGCAAUAACUACUCUGACAAAUCAUAAAGAAAUUUUUACUGUUCGAGUGAAGCUUGGAAAGCCUCAUGUGGCAGUUAUAGGUCCAGUUGAUUACCUAGGCGUUGAGAUUGUUAGACGCAGAAGCGAUUUGUCAGACUAA